UUUAAAAAAAAAACUGCACAGGAACAAAUAGCAACAGAGGAAGAGUGGUGGCAAAGUGGAAGAAGCGACCGACCGAGGCCUUAGUCUAAACCAGAGGGGUGAAUGACAAUGAGAAUUUGGUUGCUACGUGCAUGGGCAAAAGUUCAAGGUUCUUAAGUGGACCUGACAAGUGGAUGAGACUGUCUCCCAAAACCUCAACAUAAGUAGAAGAAAUGAAUCUUGAAAAUGAUUGGGCAACAUCUGGAUCCAUAUUUGCGUGGAAUUAUUUUCUGUGGGAAGUUCGUUUGGCACUUGUGGCCAUUGGCUUCUUUCUCUACUUGGGAAUACUUUGUUUUUCACAUUUUUUAUCUUCAUGGAUGAGUAUCACUUACCGCUCAUUGCCGGCAAAAGAGAAAGUCUUUUGGAAUCUGACUGCUACACGGGGUGUGUUCGGCAUUCAGAGUUGUGUGGCUGGCUUUUGGGCUUUACUUCUAGAUCCAGUUUUUCAGGCUGACAAGGUUUAUUCCCAGCAGGACUGGAGUUGGUUCAGUUGCCUCAUAGCCUCUGGCUUCUUUUUGCUGGAAAAUGUAGCCGUUCAUGUCUCUAAUUUUGUCUUCAAAACAUUUGACUUAUUUGUAGUUGCUCAUCAUUUUCUUGCUUUUGGUGGUUUUUUGGGUCUGGUAAUCAACAUAAAAUCUGGACAUUACAUACCUUUGAUAGGAAUGCUACUUGAGAUGAGCACACCUUUCACUUGCAUGUCUUGGAUGCUUUUAAAGGCUGGCUGGGCUAAUACUUCCUUUUGGAAGGCAAGUCAGUGGGUAAUGAUCCACAUGUUUCACUGCCGCAUGAUCCUUACCUACCACAUGUGGUGGGUGUGUCUUUCCAAUUGGAGUGCUAUGCUGGAAAAUCUGGGACUCUUACAUUUUAUUGUUAUAUUCACAGGACUGAGUGCUGUUACUUUCAUACUUAAUCCCUACUGGACAUACAAAAAGACUCUUCAACUUUCUUGUCCUGUUGACUGGAAUUUUAGUGAUCGAACAGUGAAAAAUGGUUCAUCUGUGAAACUAAAUGGGGAAGCAUUCCAGAAGAAGGGGCUCUGACACUGACUUGGGAUCUCUAUGGGUAACCGUAAAACCUGGUCAGAAAUAUAUAAUAAAGACAGGCAAAGCUUCAUAUUCCCAGCUGUCUAAAAAGAGAUCUAAAUUACUUUCUGAUAAUGUUAUCAAAAUUAAAUAAUGGGAAUAUAAUUACCCUCAUUUAAUAAAUUUUGCAGGUGAGUCCUGAGUGUUGGGCAUUCUUGGUCAUGUAUAGGAAUAUUCUGUAAACCAGCAAAACGCAGGAAACAAACUGGCUGUUCUGUCUGACUUUAGAAUCUGCAUUGCUGCUUCUAGGACUUGCUACUUUGAACAUGUUGGGUCUAGGACAGAUUACUGUCUAGAAAGGAUUCUAGAUCUUAUCUCAAAGAAUGCCUAAGACAAGUGAUGCUUUCCCAUUAGAUUAAUCAAUCUAGAAUUGUACCAUCUUCCUGGAAUUCCUCUUCACAUAUGUAUUAAUCAGUUUCUGUGUAAACUUUCCCACCUCAUUUAAUGAAUGCCAAAUGCCAAUCCAAUUUAAUAUGAGAAGAGAGGUGUGAUGUGACUUCUUUUCCCCUAGAAAAUCACCCAAAAGUGCAACAUCAAUGCUAGAACAUAUAAAAUAUAAUUUAGCUGUAGUUGAACAUUCAAAAUAUGGUCAUGACUUGGGUUUAACAUUUAAAAAAAAGAUUUCUCUCUAGUAUGCAAUAUUCUAUACCGGCUAGUAGAAAAGCCUGUAUACUUUCAGAUUCUUUCCAGUACAUAACAAUUAAACUCAAAUUUUGAUGUGGCACCUCAGGAAAGCUGCUCUUUUGCAAUUUCAUUAUGAGAAAUAUUGAAGGUGGUUCAGCUUUUCCCAUCCUCAACUUUUGGACAGAUAAUUUAUAAAAUCCUAUUAAAGCAAGUUCUGUUGUGUUAGGCUCUGAAAUCUAACAUUAGCUUGUAAAUCUUAAAAUGGUUCUCAAAGCCAAGCAUUUUAAAGGAAGCAACCCUAUAGCUGUUCUACCUUAAAUACUGUGUAAAGGUUGUUAAUCUUCUAGUGUUUCAGUGGAAAGUUGUUAAACACUGCCACCUAACGGCAGUUUUGAAAUACAGGUACCCAUCUUAUUUUAAACAAGCAGGCUAUAAAAUUAUCUGGAAUAUGCACUAUCUGUAAAAGAUAAUACAUUGAGUUUAUUUAUUUUAAUGUAUGUAAUAUAGAAUGCAUGAGAAUCUGAAAUUAUUGCUGUUAUAUUCAAGCUCAAUAUACAAAAAUAUAAGUGAAGUACUGUUUGAAACAUACCUUUCUCUGCCAAACCCUGAUAAAAUUAGUGAAAGUAACUGAGGUAGUGGUAAGUCUGCACAAAAUUUUAAAAGGUACAGCUUUCUCCAAUUUCUCAUUUCCCUGUUUGAGAAACAUAUUAAUUACAGUUGUGAAAGUUUGGUCUGGUGGUUAGAAAUCAGGAGACUGAGUUCUAGUCCCGCCUUAGGCAUGAAAGCCGGCUGGGUGACCUUGGGCCAGUCCCCCUCUCUCAGCCCAACUCACCUCACAAGGUGGUGGUUGUGGGGAAAAUAGGAGGAGGGAGGAGUAUUUGGUUACGUUCAUUGCCUUGAGUUAUUUAUAAAAAUAAUAAAGGAGGGAUAUCAAAUAAAUAAAUAAAUGAUACAAGAAGUAUUAUACAUUUGCUCUAGUCAUUGCUUGGAAAGAAGAACAGUUCAGAAAGGCCAACUUUUGCAUAAUAUAAAUGCAUGUAUAGAAACUUGUCUUCAACUUCUAUAGUUAACAUAUCAAUCAAAUCUUUAUUGUCAUAGACCAGCAUAAUAGUUAACCUAAAUUAAGGUAACAGGAUCUUAAUUCAUCUUCCAGACUCUUAGUUCUUGAUGUUUUGAAUUGUGGUAUAUUUCUAGCUAAAAUGUUACUGAGAGUGAUGCCACUAAUUGACUUUUCUUGGCUGUAACUUGCAUUAUUUUGAGUAGUAGCACACCAUAAGAUGAGAAAUUGAAAAUCUGCAUUCUGAAGAUGAUCAUGACCACACUUACAGUUGUCUUAUGUCAAAAACAGACCCUGAAAAAGGCUAAAUGUCAUUAAUACAGUUGGGGCAGGGGUGGGGUCAGAAUCGAAUCAGGAACAUUUUAGUAGAACAUUCUUACUGGUACAUCAUUCCUGGUGGAGGACCGAGAGACUCUGGAUCUCUUUCUAGACAGCAGAGGUUUGCUGGUCUGCUUGUUUUUAAUCAAAGUAGCAAAGUUGCAGCUUGCACAAUAAAAACAUACCUGUAUAUAUUAUUUCCUUAUGUUUCUCUUAAGUCAGUAAAAAAAAUUGCACUAUAUAUGGAAUAAUGUCUGAUGCUGAAUCUAGUAUCAUAGGAGUAGUUAGUAAACACCUUCAGAUAUAUUCGAUGUUUAACCAAUAGCUUAGGUGCAUGUGCAAUAGCUGUUUUUUUUUUAAAUGGGUUUAAUUUUUCCAGUUCAUUUGCUAAUGUAUAGCUUUGGACCCUUGAGUUUGUUAGUAUUAUCUCACUUGCCUAUAAUAAUUUAGAGUUUGCUUUAUGGUUUUUUUUUCCUGAUUAAGUCAAUGCUGUGCUUUAGUUGGGAGUGCUGCUACUAAUCUAGAUUUUGAUUAGAAUCCCUCUCCUAAAUAUAUGUCAUUUCUGUUCUGUUCCAAAAGAGAUCAGGCCACACAAUCCUUAAAUUUGAUUUAAUUUAAAUUUUGUUAAAAUUAUAUUCAAUUAAAAAGAUUACUACUUAUGUAUAUGUAAGAUGUGUGUAUGUAACAGUUUAUCCCAUUGUCACAUUCAGUAUUUGGUGGCAACCUUAGGGGCCAAGGGCACCACACCAAAAAAUGGAAGGGUGGAACAAGUGCAGUCCUGUGAUGUUAUGCAAUUGUGUGCUUGCAGUUUAUGCACUCUUGACUAAAAUGGUCAAGAUCUCUAUUACAAUGGUUCUGUGCUGCUUAGCGCCAAAAUAAUAAGUAGGCCUAAGUAAUAGAAAUGGGGAUUUUGCUGGGACAGUGGGACAAAUUUGCAGCAGAAACAAGAAAUCUGCUUUUUUUUUCUCCCAAGAGUAUUUUUCAAAAAGUAGAGUGGAGGUAGAGUAUCUUUUUUUUUUUAAAUAGCUGGCAUAGAGUAUAGUCUAAUAAUUAAUGAAAUCACAUAUGUAAAUAGAACUUUAUUUUUUAUUCAAAUGUGAGAACUGAACGAUGUCAUAUGGGAAAUUUCAGUGUUUCAGCCAUGUUUGGCUUUCAGUGCAAAGUAGUUUAGCUUAUUGCCUUCUGUAAAUGCCUCCUCGCACCUCCAAGUUCUUGUUUGUGCAAAAAUAAGUUUCAGUAUAAAGAAAACUAAUCAUAGGCACUUUGUAAUGAAGAAUAGUAAAAGGGGGGGGGGAAUUAAGCACCCUUCUCUCUUCCUAGUUGCCCCAUGAAGUAUUACAAAAUGUAGUUUACAACUUUCCAACCUGGAUAAUACUGAAAAAGCUGAAUAUGAGACCAUUUACCUGUUUUCUUUGCUGUUGAGUUGCCAUGCUUUUAUUCUCCCCUACAUCUCCUGGUGCAGUUAACAACCAAAAAUUACGUUUUAUAUUCAUCCCCCCCCCCCCCGGUUAUGUAUCAUCUGCAAAUGGAGGAUAGCUGCUUCCUAAAAAUAAGAACUUUAUUUUUAAAGUAGCUUAUGCAGCAAAUGUAUGUGAUACAUUUGUUUUUGUUUUUCCUUGCUCCUCCAUAAUUGAUUGUACUAAUAAAUUUAUUGCUUUGUUCUUGAAAAUAAUAUUUCCUUUUUUAAACCAUAAUCAUUUAACAAGCUUUACGGAUUUUUGCUUGCAAAAUAAUGGGCAGCGAAAUGUACUAUUAGACACUUUCCUAUUAUUUCAGUGAAAAAAACUCUUUUUAACAGUUUGCAGUUUAAUAACUUUUUCCCUGAUGUAUUGAAAUGCAGUUGCCCAGAAGACCAUCUAGUUUCAUUUCCUUCUUUCACAGUAGCGACUUAGAUAGAUCUAGAAAUCUGUAUGUGGAAUAAGAAAACAAUAGGCUUCUUCCCUGCGGUGCUGCCCAGAGGUGUUGACAUUUGGAGAUUAAGUACAUCUGGAUGGCACCAGGUUGGGGAAGUCUGCAUUACAUCUGGAACAAUAUUCAGUACUGCCUGAAUCAAGGUUUCGCUUAGCCUUGUCCUCUAUGAAUUUAAAAAUAUCUAAGCCAGUAACCACUGCCGUCUUUUUGUACAAAAUUAUACUUUCUUUUGUCUAUUCUGAACUAGUUUCAGCUGAUUUCAUAUUACCUGAAUUCUAGGGAGCUGUUUCUUCCAUACAGUGCUUAAUAAACAUUUAGUCUCUCCCUCUCCCUCUCCCCCUCUUGGUAAAUUACAGAGUACAAUAUUUCCACCCAUGCUUGAAAAGGAAAAGCUAGAACCAAUGCCAUGGUCUGUACUCUUCAAGUUCUACAUCUUUUCUGGAAUGGUACCAUGCCACUUGAAUUGCGUUCUUUAUUUCAGAUGUGGUUUACCAUAUAUUCACAUCAAUAUAUUAGCUGUUCAGUUUAAUCCUGUUCACAAUCAUCCAAGGAAGGAAUUGUUUCUUUUGCUGUUGCUGAAUAUAGUUUGUUUCAUUGUGCUAUCUACACAUCACUAAUAUAUUUUCCAUAUCUCCCGAUUUACUCAUUAUCAUUCUAUAUAUAUUUAGUUCCUAACUAUAUGUUGCAUUCAUGGUUUGUGCUAAGUAAAAAAAAUUAGGCCAACCGUAGCUCCUGGAAUUCGGGAAUAGAUUACAGACUCUUCUGUGAUCUAUUUAUGCUAGCCUACCAACCUGGUAUGGUCCACUUGUGCUAUAAUUAUAAAUCCCAAGCCACAUAGCCAGAGUAUAAACAGUGUAUUUCCACACUGGACUGUUUGGGAAAACAAAGUUCCCAGUUCACCAUAAAAUGAGCUUCAGCAGCUCUCUUUAACUGCUGCUCCUGGCACAGGAAAGCCAGCUAUCAAGUUCAAACCAAAAUUCUGGGACCUUUUGGCUUAUAGUAAGGGUAUGGCAUGUCAAGAAUCACAUAUGUACUAAAAGUGGGUGGGGCUCAGAGCCAUUUGAGGAGGACAUUUUAACAGAAAUUUUUCCCAUGCAAAUAGCCAAAAUCUUUAACGUUGCCCAUGUGGUCAGGCUUUGAGGGUUGCAAAACGCAUGCUGAUGGGUUUCAUGUGUCUUGCAACAGUGCUCAUGUCCCUGCAUAGCUUAGAAAGCAAUAUGUGAAUGCACUCAUUGUGUCCGGAGGAGCUCCUUCCCCACAGAAAUCCACUUUGGCACAUAUUUUAAUCUCUCCGUAUUAUGCAAGGACCUUUUAUUUCUCCAGACCUUUUAAGUCGUCUUCAUUUAGAAACUGCAGUAAAAAUUAAAAUCCAUAUUACUUUUUAUUUUUAGUAUCGUUAUUUCUGAUAAGUGUUGCUUCCCUGUAUGAAGAAAUAUAUUUGCUAUAAACUUCUAGAUCUCUGGUUUAAAAUGAUCUAUUCUGAUUUCAUAAUUCAAUAUUUUGGUUUACUCAAUUGUUCUACUGAAACUGAUUUUUAAAACUUAUUUCCUAUAUUAACCAGACAGUUAUUGCCUUAAAUGUUUUGUCAGUAGUAUAAUAGCCUCAAUUAAUCUAUGUUAAAUUGAGUAACCAUGCAGUAUCAGACCAAGAUUAAAUUAAUGCAGAAUAUUGGGAACCAAUAUGUGCUUAAGUGAUUUUAAUAAAAAUUUAUCAG